AUGUUGGCAGCCAUCGUCUCGGUGGUGUUGAUGUGUUUCAUGGUGCGCAGCGGUGGAGCCCCAGCCCCCGGCACCGCCUGCUGGGACCAGCGCCUCUCGGCUGCCGGAAGGAAUGGCAGCUGUGUGGAUGCGGAGCCCCACCUGAUCUUUGGUCAUGGUAAGGCCAUCCAUCAGAUGGACCUGGAUGGGAGGAACCAGCGAAGGCUCGUGGCCGGCGUGGGGAGCUCCAUUCUGCUGGACUUCCACUACAGAGAACAGAAGGUCUACUGGGCUGACAAGCACACGGGGGUCAUCUACAAAGCAGCAGUCGGAGGAAUGCGGCGACAGAAAAUCUUCUCAUCUGAGAAAAGCAUCUCAGGCCUCGCCGUUGACUGGAUUUUAAAUUGUGUCUACUGGACCAGUAGAGAAAAGGGAACCAUCAAAAGAAUAGACACUAAUGGGACGAAUGGGAGGACUCUGUUAAGACACCUGACCCGACCCAGUUCUAUCGUUGUGGAUCCCGGUUACAGGUUUGUCUUCUGGUUGUCCAAUGGAGCAACUCCGACCAUCGAGCGUUCUGACGUGAGGCGCCACACGAAGGUGACCCUGGUGAAAACGGCAGGGCCGCUGCAGGCGCUGUCCAUCGACCGCGUGGACAAAAGGCUGUUCUGGGUUGAGUUUGGCCGGGAGGGAGAAAGCGCCAUUGGCUCCUGUGAUUACAACGGCAAUGCCAUCAACGUCCUAGUUCAGCCACUGGCUCCUCGGUCUGCGGGGAUAUCGCUAUUUCAGGAGCACCUGUAUUACACUGAUGCUGCAUCUCGGGCUAUUAGAAGAGUCAAUAAGUACACCGGUGGCGAGCCAGUGAAUAUCAACAUGAAACGAAUGGCGAAGCCCCCCUUUGACAUCAGGGUGGUGCAUCCCAUCAACCAGCCGAUAGAAGACUCCCCACUUGCACCUCCUCCAGGCUGUGAUGAAGAAGGCGGUCUUUGUGUGGAUGUAUGCUCUGGCCCGGCGGAGGAGGGAGGCUGUCAGUGCAGCCAAGGCUUUGCCCUCAGUAAGACCGGAAAUUACUGUGAAGAUGUGAAUGAGUGUGCUUUGUGGAACCACGGCUGCUCUCUGGGAUGUGAAAACGUGCCUGGCUCUUACUUCUGCACCUGCCCCCAAGGUUAUGGCCUCCUCCCAGACAGGAAAACCUGCCGAGAGAUCAUCCCUUGUGAGGACAACAUGACAGCAUGCGGUCAUGGAUGUUUGGCUACAGAUGAAGGAUCUGUGUGUGUUUGUCCUGAAGGAUCGGUCCUGCGGGAAGAUGGACAGACCUGCACUGGCUGUCUGUCUGCUGAUAGAGGGCAAUGCAGUCAGCUCUGCACCCUUCUCAGCCCUGUUAGAUGGGAGUGUGGCUGUCUGCCUGGAUACCAGCUCCUCCAAGACGGAAAGCAGUGCACCGCCAUUGGGCCGCCCCCUUACCUGCUGGUUGCCAGUCUGGCGGACAUACGGCGAGUUAACAUGGACGGCAGUGGUGAGCAGACCCUUCUGGUGGAGCCCAGAGGAACACUGCUGGCUUUAGAUUAUGACCCGGUCCAGAACAAAGUGUAUUUUGCAAGUACUGCUCAGAAGACAAUUGAACGGGUCGAUCUAAAUGGCGAGUCCAGAGAAGUUCUGGUGUCCGAAGGUUUAGGCUCACCAGAGGGCCUUGCUAUCGACUGGAUCAACCGCAGAAUGUACUGGACUGACAGGAGCCGGUCCACUGUCGACUGCAGCACCUUAGACGGGUUGAACAGAGAAACGGUUGUCAGAACUGAGCCGCAGAAACCCAGGGGCAUCGCAGUUCAUCCUCUGAAGAAAAAGUUGUUUUGGACCAACAUGGGUCCGAAGCCCACGGUGGAGAGUGCGUCUUUGGAAGGGGAGGAGCGAGCGGUCAUUGCUGAUUCCAGGCUGAUGUCGCCCACUGGCCUGACCAUCGACUUGACGGAGGACCGUCUGUUCUGGUGCGACAGGAGCCGCAGGACAGUGGAGACGGCGGCCCUGGACGGCUCCGGCAGACGUGUCCUGAUAGAGAAUCAAGUAGGUCGACCUUUUGACCUUGCCGUGUUUGAGGACCGGCUGUGGAUCUCUGACUGGGAGCACCAGCAUCUGAAGAGUGUGCACAAGCGAACAGGGAAAAAGCUUGAACGUAUUCACAGCAGUCUGGUCCACCCAGCGUCUGUUGUGAUCGUCCACCCCCUUGCUAAACCAGGGGCAGAUGUUUGCCUACAUGAAAAUGGAGGCUGUUCCCAGGUGUGUGAAAGCAGACUAGGAUUUGCCCACUGCUCCUGUCUGUCAUCCUACAUCCAGUCAGCGGAUGGGAAAAGUUGCCUGCCAGCUGAGUUGUCCAGUAGGAUGUCAGAGUCCGGGGACAAAGUAUCAAUCAAAAACAAAACCCUCAGCAGUGACGGUGUUUCUCCGGCUACACCCCGGCUCUCAAGUGAUGAAGUGGAGGACUCGGAGGAAGGCAGAGAGCCAACAGUCCUCUCAGAGAAGAUGGUGGCAGACCAAGAUGAGUGUUACUCACUGAGGUGCGAUGUGAACGCGCAGUGUCUCCUGGGCGCUGGCGGCCCCGCCUGUCGGUGUCUGGAGGGCUUCACGGGAGACGGCCAGCUGUGUGUGGAGCUGGAGACCACCUCUGCAUGGGCGACCACCAGCAGCCCUGCUGACAUCCACAACCAGCCUGGAAUGAACCGGACGGUGGAGAGCUGUCCACUGACCCACCAGUCCUACUGCCUCUACCAGGGUGUUUGCUUCUACUUCCCUGAAAUAGACUCCUAUGCUUGCAACUGUGUUCCAGGCUACAUGGGCGAGCGCUGUCAGUUCAGUGAUCUGGAGUGGUGGGAGCUCCAGAGGACCCAGCAGGAGAAGAGGAGGAAUGUGGCCAUCGCCUCCUGCAUGGUGGCACUCAUCAGCCUGCUAUCUGCCACCGCCUGCCUCACCUACUGCUACGGAACUAGAAGAAUCUUCAGGAAACAGCCGUCAGUGGACAACAUGAGUGAGACCAGUACAACAGAUGACCAGAUGUCAGAGACCACCAUCAGCAACACACCAAGAACUGUGUCCAUGACUUUCUUUGUGGUGUUGGAAGAUGGAGGAGAGGGGAAGGUUAUUCGUGUGUCCGGAUGUCCAGUCUGUCCAUCCUGUUCUCCAGAGACAGUCGUAUUCAGGAAGCUUCUUGGGGACACCAAGUUGCUCUCUGACAUGCUUCAAGUGCCAUCACUUGAUCUAGCUAGAGCCGUGGACAUAAUCCAAGCACUACAGGAGACUUUAGGUGAAUCCGGUUUUGAUGAGCUAUGGCAAGAGAGUAUGGACACAGCAACACAGUGUAAUAUUGCAGUUGAGGCUUUUGAGAAAAGGUUACAAGGAGGGAGCUUCAGACUUAGUGGCUAUGUUGUAGAGACCACUAUAGGACAACAUAGGUGCAAGGAAGGGGACAUGGAUCACAGCCCAGUGGAAGACAAAGUGAGAGCUGUCAAAGAGGCCCUGAGCCCCAAGAAUGUCCAUGAACUCAGAACAUUUUUGGGCCUAGUAAAUUAUUAUGGCAAGUUCCUUGCUGACCUCUCAAAGGUGUUGGCCCUGCUGUACAAGCUGCUUCAUAAAGACACUAAGUGGCAGUGGGGUGAAGAGCAAGGGGAAGCUUUGACAGACCUCCUCCACUCAGCGAGGCUGCUUGUUCAUUAUGAUCCAGACAAGGAGUUCACCCUUUCACGUGAUGCCUCGCCCUACAAUGUCAGGGCAGUUCUCUCACAUGUAAUGGAGGACCAUUCAGAGAAGCCUAUUUGCUUUGCUUCACGUACCUUGACGGCAGCUGAGAAGAAAUAUUCACAGUUAGACAAAGAAGGUCUGGCUAUUGUUUUUGCUGUCAAACGCUUUUAUCAGUAUCUCUAUGGAUGUGCAUUCACAACUUAUAGGGACCAUAAACCACUGAUGAGCCUGUUUAGUGAGACCAGAUGCAACCCACCGCUCACCUCAGCCAGGAUACAGCAUUGGGCUCUCACGCUGUCAGCCUACAAGUACACUAUGGUGUACAGUGGGUAA